AUGGUGUCCGUCCCCGAGCUCUCCCCCGAGGCCUCCCGGUUGCUGCUCUCGGCCGCACUCUCCCUGGCCGCCCUCCUCCUCUUCCGUGAGCCCAUUCCAUGCGUCAUCGGGGGCGAGGGCAGCCUCACCGGGGCAGACACCUUCCGCGCUGAAUGGAGCAGCCUCUUGGCCGAGCUGGUCAAAGGGGGGGGGAUCACGGGGGAGGAGGCCAAGAGGUCGAGCUUCCUCAACAUCGUGGGGCUGGUGGGCUCCAUCGACAAUGACUUCUGCGGCACCGACAUGACCAUCGGCACUGACUCGGCCCUUCACCGCAUCAUGGAGAUCGUGGAUGCCAUCACCACCACCGCCCAGAGCCACCAGAGGACCUUCGUGCUGGAAGUGAUGGGACGUCAUUGCGGCUACCUGGCGCUCAUCACCGCCCUGGCCUGCGGUGCCGACUGGGUCUUCAUCCCCGAGUCCCCCCCCGAGGAUGACUGGGAGGACCAUCUCUGCCGGCGGCUGACGGAGACCCGCCUGGGGGGCUCCAGGUUGAACAUCAUCAUCGUGGCCGAGGGGGCCGUGGACAAGCACGGGAAAGCCAUCACCUCUGAUGAGAUCAAAACUCUGGUGGUGAAACGUUUGGGCUACGACACCCGUGUCACCAUCUUGGGCCACGUCCAACGCGGUGGGACCCCCUCCGCCUUCGACCGCAUCCUGGGCAGCCGGAUGGGUGUCGAAGCCGUCAUGGCUCUGCUGGAGGGCACCCCCGAGCCCCCCGCCUGCGUCGUCAGCCUCUCGGGGAACCAAGCCGUGCGCCUGCCCCUCAUGGAGUGCGUCCAGGUGUACACGACGGAUUUCAUCUACAACCUCUACUCAGAGGAGGGGAAGGGCGUCUUCGACUGCCGCAAAAACGUCCUGGGGCACAUGCAGCAGGGUGGCACCCCGACCCCCUUCGACAGGAAUUUCGGCACCAAAAUGGGGGCCAAAGCAGUGGCCUGGAUCACCGGGAAGAUCAAGGAAUGCACCCGCCAUGGUCGGAUCUUUGCCAACACGGCCGACUCAGCCUGUCUGCUGGGGAUGCGCAAGCGCAGCCUCGUCUUCCAGCCCGUGGCCGAGCUCAAGGACCAGACGGAUUUUGAGCACCGCAUCCCCAAGGAGCAGUGGUGGCUGAAGCUUCGCCCCAUCCUCAAAAUCCUGGCCAAGUACCACAUCGAACUGGACACCUCGGAGAAAGCCCACCUGGAGCACGUCAUGCGCAAGGGCAUGUCCAUCGACACCAGCAUCUAAGAGGGGACAACCCAACACGGCUCCCCCCACCCUCGGUCCCCAAGCUUGUUCCCCCCCACCCCGAACCCACCCUCCGCCAAGGCCAAAGAGCCCUUUUUCCCGAAGCAGAGGGUUCCCUCGGGGUCAGAUUUGGGGUUGAUUUCGGUGGUUUUAGGGGCUUUUGGAAGAGAAGAGUGGUUUCUCAAGCGUUGAGGGGGGAUGUGGUCCCGGGGG